AUGUAAUAUUAAGGAUAUGUUCUAAAAACAUUUUAGAUGUUUCACAUUCGGGAAUAAAGUUAUUCUGACCUAGUAGUCCAAGUAGCAGGAGUUUCAACCAAAAUAAUAAUAAAACAGCUAUUUAGGACUCAUUAUCUAAGAUGCAGACUUUCCCAUGCAAAAUGCCUAAUUUCUUCCUGUCUUCAUCUCCCACAACAACUUUAGGACAUCUUGACUUCCACAUUCUUGCUAAGGACCAUCCAGAGUGUUAACUGGUGUCUGGUGUUGGGAACUGUUGGAACCAAAGUCUUCCCUGCAGUCUACUUUCUUUCUCACAUAGGAAGAAAGUACAUUCAGAAUGGAAGCUUAAACUCUACAAAAGAAUGCAAUCAAGUGAUGGCUUUUUCUUUAGCGUUUGAAUAUGGAGGCCACAGGAACAGAUGAAGUUGACAAGCUAAAAACUAAAUUUAUAUCUGCUUGGAACAACAUGAAAUACAGCUGGGUGUUGAAAACAAAGACAUAUUUUAGUAGAAAUUCCCCUGUAUUAUUGCUUGGAAAAUGUUACCAUUUUAAAUUUGAAGAUGAACAUAAAGUAUUACCUGCACUAUCUGGAUGUACAAUAGAAGACCAUGUAAUUGCGGGAAAUGUAGAAGAAUUUCGUAAAGAUUUCAUUUCUAGGAUAUGGCUGACCUACAGGGAAGAGUUUCCUCAAAUAGAAGGCUCAGCCUUGACAACAGAUUGUGGUUGGGGCUGUACACUGAGAACUGGCCAGAUGCUGUUGGCUCAAGGACUCAUACUACAUUUUCUUGGUAGAGCUUGGACCUGGCCUGAUGCAUUGAACAUUGAAAAUUCAGACUCUGAAUCAUGGACUUCCCACACUGUAAAAAAAUUUACUGCAUCAUUUGAAGCAUCACUUUCAGGGGAAAGAGAACUCAAAACUCCAGCAAUUUCACUGAAGGAAACACUUAGGAAAUAUUCUGAUGAUCAUGAAAUGCGAAAUGAAACUUAUCACAGGAAAAUCGUCUCCUGGUUUGGUGAUUCCCCCUUGGCUCUUUUUGGCUUACAUCAAUUAAUAGAAUUUGGAAAGAAGUCUGGGAAAAAAGCUGGAGAUUGGUAUGGACCAGCUGUGGUUGCUCACAUUUUAAGAAAAGCUGUUGAAGAAGCAAGACACCCUGACUUACAAGGAAUAACAAUUUAUGUUGCACAAGACUGUACAGUUUACAAUUGUGAUGUAAUUGAUAAACAAAAUGCUUCCAUGACCUCUGGUAAUGCAGAUGGCAAGGCUAUUAUUAUUUUAGUUCCUGUUAGACUUGGUGGAGAAAGAACUAACACAGACUACCUGGAGUUUGUGAAGGGUGUUUUAAGUCUUGAAUAUUGUGUGGGAAUUAUUGGUGGCAAACCUAAGCAGUCAUAUUACUUUGCUGGAUUUCAAGAUGACAGUUUGAUUUACAUGGAUCCUCAUUACUGCCAAUCCUUUGUGGAUGUCAGCAUAAAGGACUUCCCUCUUGAGACAUUCCACUGCCCUUCUCCCAAAAAGAUGUCCUUUCGAAAAAUGGAUCCUAGCUGUACAAUAGGAUUUUACUGUCGAAAUGUUCAGGACUUCAAACGAGCUUCUGAAGAAAUCACUAAGAUACUGAAAAUUUCUUCUAAGGAAAAAUAUCCCUUGUUUACUUUUGUAAAUGGCCAUUCCAGAGACUAUGAUUUUACAUCUACUGCAUCCAAUGAAGAAGACCUUUUCUCAGAGGAUGAAAAGAAAAGAUUAAAAAGAUUUAGCACAGAAGAAUUUGUCUUACUUUAAAAACUAACACAUUUGUGCUUGUUGAGAACUCAUUUGAAUGGGAAAAAAAUGAAGAGAAACAAGUACACUCAAAACUGUUUAUUUUUUACAAAUAUCUUAAUUUUAUAUGUUCUUUUAAAAGAGAACAUUUGAAAAUACAAAAGUUUAAAGAUAUUUUUCUGAAAGAGAAAUGAUUUGAUGAAUCUUGCUUUCUAAUAAAUGUCGAGUGAUUCUGGCUGCA